UAACAAGUUAAUGCACACGACUUUCCAUCUUUGAUACAAUUCAUAUACUAAUUACUUUUUUUACUACCAUUUGAAGUGUAAGGCUAGGAGAUCAGAAACACAUCAUGGCAUCAACAUGGGUUCCGGGCGUAUCUCCCGACAGUCCAUUCUCGCUAGCUAAUAUCCCCUUCGGCAUCAUCAGCUCGCCGGCUAACCCCGCGCCGCAUGUCGCUAUCGCCAUCGGAUCUCAUGUACUUGAUCUAAAGGUCUUAUCUUCGUACCCGGAUUUUGACGAUCUCUUCCCUACAUUGAAGAAUUACCCCGGCAUCUUCUCGAACUCCACGCUAAAUGAGUUCGCAGCACUGGGCCGACCGGUCCAUCGAGAUGUCCGCAGAACUAUUCAGGACCUCUUAUCAGCUGAGACAUCAAGGCCGGAAAUCUUAAAAGAUAACUUGGGACUUCGACAAGAUGCGGUACUUCCUCAGCAUAAAGUCAAGAUGCAUCUGCCUAUGAGCAUUGGCGAUUACACAGAUUUCUAUGCCGGAUUCCACCACGCAUAUUAUGUCGGUGCCCUGUUCCGAGGGCCUCAGGCUGCUCUACAGCCGAAUUACACCCACCUCCCCGUCGGCUACCACGGGCGAGCUUCCAGCAUUGUCGUUUCAGGCACGCCGAUUAAGCGACCCUUCGGCCAGAUUAUUACUGAUCCAACGGCAGAACCAAAGCAUCCUACCACGGCUCCCUCACGGCGUCUGGAUAUUGAGUUGGAACUAGGAUGUUUUAUAUCAAUUCCGAAUGAGAUGGGCUCUCCGAUCAAAGUCACCAACGCUGAAGAUCACAUUUUCGGAUACGUAUUGUUAAAUGACUGGAGCGCGCGCGACAUCCAGACGUGGGAAUAUGUUCCGUUAGGGCCCUUUAACGGGAAGAAUUUCGCCACAACUAUCAGCCCUUGGGUUGUCCUUGCAGAUGCUCUUGAGCCAUUCCGAACCAAUCCGAUUGACAACUGGACACCGUUGCAGGGGUACUUGAACGAAGGCAAAGAGAAGAAUAUCUUUGGAAUCGAGCUACAAGUUGAUUUAGAGACACCACAGGGCGACUCGACGAGGAUAUGCACAACAAGCUCGAAAUACCUCAUGUGGUCGUUUCCGCAGAUGAUCGCGCAUCACACUCUAGGUGGCUGCCCGCUAAGAACGGGAGAUCUUCUCGGUUCUGGGACGAUAAGCGGGCCUUCGCUAGGCGAAAGGGGAAGCUUUUUAGAGCUAAGCGAGGGAGGAAGGAAAGAUAUCAUGCUUCAGGGGAUGGAUGUCCGUCGAUUCUUGAAGGAUGGUGACAUAAUUACAAUUCAGGGAGUCUGUGGAGAGCAAGGCCGAAAAGUCGGCUUUGGUGAGUGUACCGGUCAAAUAAUAGGAGCGACACCACAAUUAUAGUCCCUGAUAUCUGGGAUGAGGGUUUACCAAGGAACUAGACAGCCUAUCUUUGCAGCUGACUAGAACUCUAAUUCUCAUCCACAGAGUACUUGGGAUUGGAAAAUAGAUCAAAAAUAUUGCGCCAAAAGGUAUGCCUCACGGCAGUAUCGUAUACCGGCUUUAGUGUAGCAUAAGCUGCUCUGAGCCCCCUAAAUUGUGUCACCGUACGAUUUUGAAUCGAGCACAUACCCAAUGAUGUAAACAAGAACGUUGUUUUCACUUGUAAACUCACAUGUGUUUAGGACUUGCCCUCUUUAGUUCAGCAAUGCCCAUUGAACUUAUUAAGUAGUAC